GGGCCAAAAUACGCAGAAGAGCAGAACCGAGCCAUCAGGAGCAGACGUGGCGGACGAGGAGCAUUGUAACUCCCCCUUCCAACCAUAUUUACGUUAUUUUAUUGAUGGGGGAUUACGGAGUUGCAGUGGCCACCAACAUCGGAGGAUUUUCGUCCCUGAAUUCUAAGAACAUUUUACAAAGUAAGCCCAUAUUUUCCUCUGAUCCGCGUACAAUGCAAGAUGAAAACAUACACGAGAAAACCACAUCUCAGCAUCAGCAACUUACACAAGUCGUGGCAGAGAACGGAAACAUACAUGGUUCGGAAAUAAGAAACAAAUCUGACGCAAAUGGUUUAACUCAGGAGAAGAAAACCGAUUUAUUGACUUCAGCUAGUUCUACACAGGCGCACGGUACCGUUAUGGAGUCUUUUUCGUCAACAGCUGUUGUGACAUCAGUGACUUCUCCCUCGAGUUUAUGGACAAACCAACCCCCAGAGGAAGCUGUGAUACCUGCAUACCACUCACUGAAUGGGACUCUGACUCUGUCCCAGUUUCCUGCAGUCCACAACAACAUGUACAGUGCCGGGAUAGCCACCCAUAUGGGUUUGAACAUGGCACAGCAGCCUCCACCUCCACAGAGGCGAGCAAUCACCGGCCACCACAACUUUCCUGCACGUCAGCAACAGCCCGGAAUACUUAUCAACAACAACUCCAAGGGCUAUCCCAACUGGAGUAAUGCUCCUCAAUGGUCUCAACAGGGGCAGUCCUGGGGAAAUGUCCACUCCACUCAGCACCAGAGACGGUCCGUGCCAAACUUCCCUUCCUCGCUUACUGCAGCCUCUUUUCAGAUGAAGAAGUCACCUGUAUCAUACCAGCAACAAAUUACAAACACUGCUCCCCUAAUUGCUCCUUCAAGAUUUCGGAGGAGCACAUCUUUUCCCGGACAAAUGCACCAGGCAGCGAUGUUAAAACCUGGGCUUGAAAUGGGCAGUAUGGACGACACUCACAGGGAAUCUAUGCUCUCUUACCAGGACAGAAGUAACUCCUAUGACAGUAUGCGGUUCACCAACUUUGAGAACCAACUCCUGGACAUCAUGAGAAACUCGGGAGACCACGCAGACCCAAUGAAAGUGAAGUCGUCCUUUGGGUUUGGAGAGUUGGAUGAGGAGACGCUGGACUCGAGCCUGUCUGUGCUGGGGUGUGGUCCCCGGGGCUCGCCCGGCUCUCAGGGGGAGAGGAUCGAGCGAUUCUCCAGGAAGGUGUUUGUUGGUGGACUGCCACCGGACAUAGAUGAAGAGGAGAUCACAGCAGCUUUCCGCAGAUUUGGGGUACUGGUGGUGGACUGGCCUCAUAAAGCAGAGAGCAAGUCCUACUUUCCUCCUAAAGGCUACUGUUUCCUGCUGUUCCAAGACGAGAUGUCGGUGCAGACCCUGAUUGAGCACUGUAUUGUGGAUGAUGAGAAGCUCUACUGGUGUGUGUCCAGCCCAACCAUGAAAGACAAACCGGUCCAGAUUCGGCCCUGGAACCUGAGUGAUUCUGACUUUGUGAUGGAUGGAUCCCAACCACUGGACCCCAGGAAGACCAUCUUUGUCGGGGGAGUCCCCAGACCUCUCAGAGCAGUGGAGCUGGCAAUGAUCAUGGACCGCCUGUACGGAGGAGUCUGCUAUGCAGGGAUUGACACAGACCCUGAACUGAAGUAUCCCAAGGGGGCAGGGCGUGUGGCCUUCUCCAACCAGCAGAGCUACAUAGCAGCCAUCAGUGCCAGAUUUGUUCAGCUCCAGCACGGGGAAAUAGACAAGAGGGUGGAGGUCAAGCCCUAUGUUCUGGACGACCAGAUGUGUGACGAGUGCCAGGGAUCCAGGUGUGGUGGCAAGUUUGCUCCAUUUUUCUGCGCCAACGUCACCUGUCUGCAGUACUACUGCGAGCAGUGUUGGGCCCAGAUCCACUCCCGGCCCGGGCGCGAGUUCCACAAACCGCUGGUCAAGGAGGGCGCAGACAGGCCCAGGGCUGUCCCGUUUCGCUGGUGUUAGAUCAACAAAACUCAACAAGAUUUUUCUUCAAAAGAAAUAAAACUUGUAGAUGUAUUUAGUCCAGAUUAAUAUAUUAUUUAUUUAUUGAAUUUUUAUCUUGUUACUUGUUUAUUUUUUGUCAGUGCUGAUUAUGGCUAUUGGUUACGAUAGCCCGUAAAACGUUCCCUUGCCAACUAUUUAUUAUUGAUUGUCUCUAGCAGGAGCAUUCCAUGGGAAGUCCUACACUUUAAUACCACAAAGUUUUUGUACAGAUGUAAAUGUUCCCUGUUUUUUAUAAAUCACAAGAGAGAGAAAAAAAUCUAGUUAUGUAUUUUUUCACAAGUUUUUUCACAGGACAGCAAUAUAUAUAUCACACAUGUAAUCUGUGUUCAUGAAUUUUGUACUUUUUCCAUCUUGCAUGUUGUGCAUUUGAUAAAAAAAAUGAAGUUGGAUUUUAUGAAUCAUUAGGUGGAUAGUUUUUUUUCUACUUUUGUGAGUUUUUUAGCUAGAGACAAUCCAGGCUAUUUAUAUCUGGUUCUCGGACUUUGUACUGUGUGAAUUACUCUAGUCAGUGUCUGUUUGUAUUCUGGUCAUUGUUGAUGUUAAUCAUUGUUAUUUAUAAACAAAAUUUUCAGUAAUGUGUUGCAGGGAUUUGUGACAAAAUGAUACCUUUCAGAAUUCAGCAUUUUGAUUUUUUUACUGUUUAUAUAACUGUUUUAUACUUUUAUUUUGCUAAUUAAGAGUUUCUAGUUAUUGCAUGCAGUUUUUUGUGUUUAAUUAGUUUGAUAUAUUUUUUUUCAAUGAAUUAUUUGCUUUGUUGUAUGAAUUUUCUGUGAUUACCAUAUUUAUUCAGCCAGGAGGGGGUGUGUCCCUGGACAGAGGGGUUAUAUCGGGCUUGUUGUUUUUUUUUUUAUCCUUUUUUCCCAUUUAAUCAUUUCAUGUAUUGGGUUCAUAUACUACAUGCCAUAUUAACAGGUUCUUUUUUAUGUGAAGAACACGCUUAGACAAGAGGUCUUAUUUUCCCACAGAUUUCAUUUUUGCUUUUUUAUCCCAUUAUUUUGUUUCUCCUGUGUUAUUUUGCAGUUAGUAGCGCCUGGUUGUGGUUACCAUUACGAUAUAGGUAUUUGUUUAUUGCUCAAUCAUACCGUGUACAAUAGAAACUACUACUAGAAUGUUACACUUAUUUUUUGAUGAACAUUUUUUGAGUUACUUGCUGUCAAGUGUAUCUUAGCUACCACUCUGUGUAAAUUGUAUAGUCACUCCAGUUUUGAUUGUUUUAUAUAUUCCAGACUUUUUUUUACAUAUCACCCCAGCUUCCGCUUUGUACAUUCUGCAAACAAAAAAAAAUUUUAAAAAAUUGAAAAACAACUGCAUGCACCUCAUCUUGAUAUAUAUACAUGUAGGCUUUUUACUAAGACUGUGUAAUCUUUUUGUACCUUCACUACUUCCAGUGUUAUUUUGUAUAAAGGAGAAAAAUUUGAUACAGACUUUGAACAAUAUCAAUUGCACUUUUUUCACACAUUGACAAUGUAUUUUUUUAAUUUUCUGCCAAACAAAUCUGUAAUAUAUUUUAUUAUCAACUUACAAAGUCAUUGUCAAUCAAAGUGUGUGUUUUAGUGUCACAACAAUGCAAACGGAUUGCUGGAGAUGGACUCGUUUUGUUAUGUCUCCGCCUAUGGUUUUUACAGAUACUUUUUCACUAAACUUAACACUUUUUAUAGACAGAUAGUUUUUUUUUCAAAUAGCAAAUUAACACAAUCUUUUUUUUUCUUUAAGGUUUACAGGUGCUAAUUUUAUAAGUAUGAAAAUAAUGGCUAAAGUUGAAGUUUCCAUUUAAUAUUUUAGGCUUUGUUUUAAAUCUUGAUUUGCCAAAAAAAAAAAGUAGUAACAUAAAAUUGGGGAUUGUAAAUUUGGCUUAUUUGCAUACAGAACAAUACUGUUCUUUUAUAGUUAGAUUUUCAGAUAAAUCUUAUUCAAAAUUUUCAAUUUCUUACAGCAACCAUCUUAUCAAAACUUUUUAAAAAUUCAUUUGAAGUAUGUAAAUAUUUGCACUCCUCUAGUAAAAAAAAAUGAACAGGAAGCUUAGUUUUAAAACAUGAUUAAAAUGGGUAGAAGCUUCUUACUUGUAGCAAAACCUUAAUAUCAAGUCAGUGUUAGAAGACUUGGUAAUUAUUUAAAAGGGAAAAUCAAAUUUGUUUGGUAUAGAUUUCUAUUGUCUGUUGUAUCAGUGGGAGGACCUGGAACAAUUGUACUUGGUGUUGUGUUUAGAAUUUGUACUAUAACUGGAAGUCCUAACAGAGGUGUUUGCAGUUUUGUGAUGAAUCAGGAACAACAUCGGUGUCUUCUGUAAGACGUGGGAUGUGAUUGUUGGUAUUCUGACCAUGCAGUUUUUUUGUUUAAAAUCAAAAGGUCAGGAAAAGAGUAGAUAUCGUAUUAUGAGGUUUGUGUAGGAUUGUUUGAGGCAUUUUGCAUCAUCAAUUGAACCCAACAACGGAGGUCAAAUGUGUUCUUUUGUAAUUUAUGUAUCAAGCCCAGUGGUGAACGCUGACUGUGAUUUUUUAAAUGCCAGUUGUUAAUUGUCAGAUGAAGGUGGAUAUUACAAACUGUAGCUGGUAAUGGGAUGUGGGCUCUCAGCAAGGCCGGCUUCCACACAGUGUCACAAAACUACCUCAGUCUUUGAUCUGAAUCCAGGAUACCUCACCACACUGUAACUGCCUUCCUACCCAGUAGUCAAUUAGUCCAGCCCACUUCUGUACAGUCAUUCAGCUGACAACUUCUGUCCCCUGUGAAGAUACAACAAACUGAACAGAACUUGUCACUGGUAUUGUUAAAUAUUCUCCCCAAUAACAUCUGACCUUGCUGAGGGCCAGCAUUGCAAAGUCUUUCAUAGAGAAAAGCCACUGUGUGUCUGUUGGUUUCCUAGUUUGCUGUUUGUUGGGUAGCUCAGACCCUAGCCUCAUUGUGGGAUUUGGGGAGGGACUUCCUUAACCUCAUUGCGGGGAUGGGGAGGGACUUCCUAUGCAUCACCUGUGGGGAUGGGGGGGACCUUCCUGGCCUCAUUGUGGGGGUGAGGAGGGACUUCCUUAGCCUCAUUGCGGGGAUGGGGAGGGACUUCUUUAGCCUCAUUGUGGGGAUGGGGAGGGACUUCCUUAGCCUCAUUGUCGGGAUGGGGAGGGACCUUCCUGGCCUCAUUGUGGGGGUGAGGAGGGACUUCCUUAGCCUCAUUGUGGGGAUGGGGAGGGAAUUUCAGUGUUACAACAAGGAUGUUUGUUGAGUUGUUUUGUUUCCAAGUCACUUUUAACUCAAUUUUUUUUAUAAUUUGUUAUUUCUUUUGUUUUACUUUUUUAUUGAAAACAAGAUGGUGAUUUUUUUUAAAAACUAGAAUGAAUGUCUCCAAGUAAAGAAGAGAAGAAAAUCUACAGAUGUUUUCAGCAGCUUCUGUGACGUCUCUGAACAUUUCUGUCAGAGACCACUGGAUCUCAGUAGCUAUCAAUACACUCGUAGAUUUUCUUUCCUUUUAUGAUUGAAAUUGGUAUUUUUAUAUUUUUUAGUUCAAAGAUAUUUAUACUUUUAUAUUUUUUAAGAAAAACAAAAUGCACUAUAGUCGUUAGUAGGUGUUGUUUCCAUGUAGAUUUCAUAGUUUAUUAGAUGCAGUGAGUGAAAUUCUGUUUUUGAAAUGUGUGUGUAAUACUUUUUAUUAGAUUUCUUUAAUACAUUUUUGUAAGGAACGGAUGGCAAUUCUGUGUAAUCUUAAAGAGCUUUCCACUGUGUUCAAAUUUGUUUAUAUAAGAUGCAGUUUUCAUGAAAAAGUCAAGGUUAUGAUUGCUGCCAAAGUCAACUUGCCAGAAACAGUCCAUCAUUUCAAGUGUUAACAUUGCAAAACAUAAAAAAGUGGGUCCAUCGCGUGCUGGAACUAGUCAUGUAGACUUUAGAUGCAUCAACAGACAGCCACUUGGGUGGUGAUGGGUAUGAUAUUUUUUCUUUUGUGCAAUAUUUUAGUUAGAUUAUUAUGGUUAAAAAGGGCAGUAAUUUUCAUAUUUUGAUUUCACUGGUAUUUAUUUUUUCACAGAUUUUUUUAUUCUAUGCUUCAAUAUACCUGUAUUUACUACACUAGUUAUGUAUUAUAUGAGAGAGUUUGGCUUACACAAUCCACUGGUUUGUGAAGCUAGUUCUGAUCAAGAUAAACCUGGAGUUUGUGUGGAGAUGGAGCUCUCUGCCACAGUUCUUUGUUAAUGUGUAACCAAAACACUUCAGAGAGAGCAGGUCAUGGUUAGACUCCAGAGUGAGUAUUUGACAUCUAGUUUUGAAUCAAGUGAAGUCAACAACAACCAGACUCUGCUUGUUUUAAAAGUUAACAGUUGCGAACUACAACACAAUCCACAUUCCCUGUGUCUGAAGGGGAAGCAACUGUUCAGUAAAAGUACACACAUAAAAGUGAGCCAUGUGACCCAUAGAAAUCUUGUUACAAGUUUUCAAUCUAUUUUUGGAUUUUUUUUUCCCUUCCCACUUUGUGCCCAUCUUUCACAUUGCCUGUUCACUUCAGUAUUACAUGCUGCAUUCAACAUUGUCCCGAACGUUCGGUGAAUUAACAUCAGUGGGACUUGUUGCAAUGGGUGGGACCCUUAGUUUCUCCCCAUAAGAUUUUCAUGUGCAUGUGUAGUUUUUGACCAAUUUCAUACAUGUUGUGUUUUUUGUAUAAUGGGAAGUUUUUAAAGUUAUUUUGUUUAAGGUUAUCAACCGAUCCUGAAGUUUCUAUGUUUUUUAAUAAAGCUAAGUCAUUCUUUUAUAAUAAUAAACAUGAAUGGUGUUGUU